AUUCAAAACUAAUUUAUUAUUUAUAACUUGUUUUUAUAAUACAAAUACUAAUUAAAACUAAUAAAUCAAUUUAAACUAAUUUUGAUUUCUCUCUGUGAUAUUUUUGAUUAUAAUUUUGUUGUUUUUUGCGGUUAGCUAUCGAUCACUGCAUUGCCAUACCAUUGAUCCCAACUUGGGAUUCCCAAGAGGCCCACAGACAAUAUGUCAACACAGGGUUCACAGGGUUUCCAUAACUAUGAAAGACCCGUCCGUUCCGGCGAUGAUGAAGAGGAGGACCCGUUGGAGACAAUGCUCAACAAAACCGGUUGUAAAGAAUUGCAUUAUUCACUACAGGAUUGUAUGGCAGAGCACAGGGAUUGGCGACAAUGUAAAGAUUUGGUCCAACAAUUCAAAGAAUGUAUGAUUAUAUACGAGAAGAAUAAAUCGCAGAAUAUGAGCAAAUGAUUUACUUGUUAUCAAUAGUUAUUAGUUUUUAUUAUUUCAAUUCAAACUAUUUUAAUAGAUAUGAAUAAAUGGCACGAAAUUUCUCUCAAAUAUAUUACAAUUUACAAAAAAA